UCACUAGUCAGUAAAGCAGCCGCGCAGGUUUAAGAGCGGUUAAGACGAGCUUUGUGCUUCAGAGAUGUAAUUGAUUUACAAACGUGCUAGGAAUGCCACAUUUUCCCCUCCCUGGACUUAUUUUUUUUACCACAGAAGAGACAACCGAUACUCUGCUUUAGAGAGCUGUUUGAAGCAUUUGAACGCUGCUUUCGGAGCAGAAGGAGAAGACACCGUCAGAGGAAAUUGUUUUACCUGCCAGCGACAGCCUGAGAAGAAGCAAAGGUUGUCUCAUGUCUUCAGUCAGGCCGGUCUGCAGGGAAAUGAAACUUUUAAAAUACAUUUGACAUACUUCUUCCAGUAAAUGCUACGGUUUAUUACCGUGCUAUAUGCCAUUCAAAUCAAAAAUAAACCUGAAAAACAAAUAUUUUCCCUUGCGUUUCAAAAAGUAGGUAGUAUAAAACUUACCAAAGUAUUUUCCCUCGGCCGUCAUGUUCAUGUUUUUGCCAAAUUAAAGUUCCGUGUCGCUUUGUUUUCGAUACUGAUGACUCUACUUCCUGUUUCUCCACUAUUACCUGCUGAGGACACACCUGUUCUCUUAAAGAGACAGCAGCCUGAAUAAACAAUGGCGGAAAGUAAACCUUUAACUAUAUUUAACUGACAGCUGUUACGAGUAUGCUUACGUUUCAGAUUAAGAUUUAAAAUACUAUACCACAAUACAUUUUACAAAACAGAAAUCAUUGUGAUAUAUAUUAAACUACUUGAAAGUAAGAUUCACCUCGAGCUGUAACUCUAUAGCCUAAUGCUGCUUAUGGAUUAUUGUGUUAGUCUAGGAAUGCCAUUUGUAAUAAUAUAACUAAUAAUAAUAACAUAUUAUAAUAUAAUACACAGGUCACAUGAAGCAUUUUUUUUAUUUAAAGUACAUUUUGCUGAAAAUACUAGUAUUUUGACAUUGUUAUAUUGGUACGUUUGCUUGAGAAAAGGAUCUGAAUGCUUUUUCUAUCACUAUUAAUUAUAGUAGUUCUUUAUAGUUGUGGUGUUUUUUCAUCAAUAAUAGUAAACACUGUAUUUGGGUACAUGUCUUGAAUAAGUUCCUUGAUUAUUUCCAAUGCAGGUUUUUAAUGAUGGCAUUGCAGUAAUGAGUAAUUACCAAACAAAAACGAAACAUAUUAGAUAUCCUGAAAGUUCCACACACUAAAAAGAGCAUCAUUAACUAUACAUGUAGUGUAUUUAUACUCUUUUGUUUUCUUAUAUUUUCUUGUAAAUGAAUGAAAUCCUACUGUGGAAUACAGUGCCACACUGAUAGCAGUAAUGCAAAGACCUUAUCCCUUUUUAGAGAAUGUAUUUAUUAGAUUUUAUUGACUUUCAUGUUUGAAGGUCAAUCUUUUUUGCCCUGUUAUGUGGCAGCUAUGAUCUGAUAAAACAAAUUAAUGAUUUGCUUAAUUUACCCACUCGUGGUAUAAUAUGGAUUAAUGUCAAGCAAAACAAGGACAUCCAUUAGUUUGUGCAUAAAACCAUAACAUGAUGUUGUCCGCUGAAGAAAAAUACUCUGAGAACAAAAGUGUUGUGAUAUUUUUCAGAUGUUAUAUUAGUGCCACCCACUGGUUAAUUCCAGCUACCAGCACAUCUUUGUAGUCAAAGAUCUCAGUGGGAGCCACAGCUGUGACUCCCAUAAUUAUUCAUAAACCCUCUGAAAAUACAAAUGGAUUUAUAAUCAGUUUUAAAUCACUUGUUAAAUCUGUGCCCCAGGAUGCGUUUCAUGAAGUCAGAAAACGCAGAGCUAACCCCCUGAAUAAGUGAUGUCAUUAUGUUUCAGUGCUUUAUUAGUGAAAAAGUAUCUGCUGAUGCACACAGUAGUAGCUGUUCUGUAGCUUUCAAUAAUAUUACAUGGUCUUUCUCGACAGAUGAUUUUCUAAAGGUUAUUGCAAGCAGCUGAGGUUUAAAUAUUUUAUAUGUGAAAGAAAGAGUCCAGAAUAAGAACUACAUUUAAAUGUUACUACACUAAAUCAGCUAAUUGUUUGUCUAUAAGGCAAACUUUGUAUUUAAGGUGUUCACCAAUGCCUCAGAGACUGGAUAGUCCCAGUAGAACAUUAUAAAAUCAUUAACAUUCCCUAUUUGCGUGCUUGAAGUGCAUGCAAGAGACAAUCAUAAACAAAACAAAACAAAUAUAUCGAGUAAUACAUGUACUACCUACUCUUAACAAUCCAAAGCCAAGGAAAUGUGUCUGCAGGGCGAAUAGUGUUUGUGCUGGAUAAGAAGCCUGCAGUACAAAGCCUAUUUCAUAAUGAGCUCCAACAUUGUCAUUGGUUUCCCUUCAAAAGAAUACCACUGCAUUUUAUCAAGUUUACAAACUGUAUUGUUGAGUGAGAAUGUGUUUGGAAACAGGUUAGAUGAGGGGGGGAUGAAGUUUAACAAUGGAGAGUUGACAUAUUCAGUGCACAAGAAAAAUUAAACCUUUAUUGUACAGGAAAUGGGGGGAGACGGGAAGGGCAGGAAACUGCUGGAAAACAAGUUGACGCCUAUGUGACUCACUGACUGGACCUGACGUUAAAAAGCAGAGCAGAGAGGAGAACAAAGUCCUGAAACAUUAAUUUCAACUCAGGUUUAAUGGUGGCUUCAGUAAUAGUGGUAGAUGUAGAAGCCGUCGUCUUUAACUAGAUUAUUUCUCACAAUGAAAUGGAAACUACUUUGAUUAUUAUUUUUAUUUUGAGCAAUAAAUCUACUGGCAGAGUGAGUGCACCUUAACCUCUGGGAAAGUGAAGUGGAAGCUUUGUUAGUCUCAAUUUUGGAGAGGUAGGUGAUUCCCACUCUGUGGCCUUCUGAUAUGGAUGACUUCAAGCAGGUGUUAUGGAUCUACAUUAUUUCCCGAGCUGGAAAGUUGCCCUGCUGCUUCUCUUGGUGCCAUGCGGGCUGCAGUGUAUGUCGGUGCAUGUACUCAACGAGGAGCCUGUGCAUGUGAUGCCGGGACAACAACUCUUUCUGAGGGCUCAGAUCGAGCAUGGACCCCUGGAAGAAGUCUCCUCGGUGACCUGGGAGAGGGAGCCUGAAACUGGAAUGACCCACGAGCGAGUGACACUGGCCACGUGCCCGGGCAGGAGCCUCAAGUGUGCCGGCACCAGGCCAAACGUCCAUGUGAAUAUGGAGCAGCAGGAGACAACACUGGAGAUGAAUGCGUACGAGGCAGCAGACGGCGGCGUGUACACUCUGACUGUGACGGAUCACAGGGGGGCCAAAACCACCGCACAGUGCAUCGUCAGGGAAUAUGAGGAAGUGCACCAUGUCUCAGUGAGCAUCAACGCGUCUCACUCCACGCUGGUUUGUGGCGAGGCUUGGGGAACUGACCCCCACUUCAGCUGGCUCCAUGAGAGGGCGGCCAUCACUAACUCAGUGGGAAGAGUCUCCAAAGAUGGAACUAAAUUGUUGGUGACAAAGACUCCUAUCUGUGGCCACUUCACCUGCAUGGUCAGCAACGAGCUGGGCCACAGUUCUGCCACCUACACUGCAGCACCUUGUGAGGCAGAGGGCAGAGGGACAAUAGCAGCUGUAGUGUGUCCCAUCUUCCUGCUGCUGUUUGGAGGAGUGCUGGCGUUUCUGCUCUGGAGGCGACACCGGCACAGCUACAGAGGAGAGAGGCUGCACGAACAUUUGGAUGACACCAUCUAAAAAAGGCCAAAGAUACACUUCUGUUUCUCAGAGAAGAGAACAGGAAAUGGACUAAACCGUGAGGCUGGGGCUUCGUGUCCUGUGAGCAGAAUGACCUUUGGAACAAUGUGAAGAGGGAACUGCUUACUGGCAAAUAACAAAAACAUCUAAAAAUGGAUAUUAAACUUGUAGUGCCAGCGAUGUCUGUGCACUGCCUCCUGCUGGUCUGUACCUGACACUGUGUAUUUGUUAAAGUCAUGUUUUUAUAAGCUUGUAUCAGAUGUGAAUGGUUGUUUACCUUCAAAUGCUGCCUUCAUAAUAAAAUCCCUUCAAAGAGUGAAAGAAAA